CUGGGCGAGUCCGUUCGCGCGUAUGCGUAAUGGCGGCCGCGUUGGCUCGGUCGAGAAUCUCGUUGCCGCAUGGGCACAAAGUCGAGCGCAUCUUCCUUUCUUGCGGCCGUCGGUUCUUCGCCAAGUCGACUCCGCUCCGUAUCUUCUUGGAUACGACACGACGAGAUAGCGUAAGCCCUCGCUCGCAAGUAGGUGACAUGCCCAGCACUCGUGACGUUGAGCGAGCUGAACGUAAUGGACGAUUUCGCUUACGACGAAAAGACAGCACAAGUAGUGACUUGAAUCGCCAUAAUUUUGAUGGUGUCGACAAACGGCACAGGCGACAUGGCAAGAGCAAGAGUUCCAGCAAAAAAAAGAAAAAACAUUAUACACCACAACAUAAGCCUCUGGAGAAUAUACCAUCUAUAGCUUCGUCUAUUGUAAAACCAUUGGUUGAAUAUUCUGAUGUAAGUAGUGAAGAUCUUUCUGAACCAGAAGCAGGAGAAAUACAAUCAGAAGGAAGUCGUGCAAAUAGUUACACAGAUGGGGAAGUAACUGAUCUGCAUCAUCAAAGACAGUAUUAUGGCGGUAGUCCGGUACGAGCUCUUGGAGCAUCUCCCAUCAGUAUGUCUCCUUCACCACCGCUCGACCAACGCCAUCAUAUAGAUAGACAUUAUUCUUCGCCAAAAGAACAAGAGCCAUCAAUGCACGGCGCAACACCGGAAUACGAAGAGGAAGCAAGACGGUAUGCUCGACGGAAGGAGAAAAAACAUAAACGUGAGAAGAAAAAGAAAAAAAGCCUGAGUCCAUCGUCGAGUUCAGGAAAAAAAAAGAAAAGAAAAUCCAGAAGACACUCGUAUAGCGUGUCUCCGCACCGUAUCAUUACUGAAGAGUCGGAACAGACUACUCUAACUCUCGAUCGCGAAAAACAAUCGGCAAACGCUGCUGUUGCUACUGCUGCUGCUGCAAAAUGGUCGGAAUCGCCACCAAUGUUACUGAAAGACAGCACGUCGCCGAUCUCACCGGCUACGCCGCAGGAGCAAAGGUGUUUCAGUGAAGAAGCAGAAUUGGAGAUGUCAAGACAAACAUCUCAGAACAUUAUAUCACCCGCUCGGCCACCGACACGGCAGACUGUAUCGCCACACACGCCACUGCUGCCGCCACGUUCGACAACGCCGGAAACUAAAGUUGUUGUCGCUACACCGAAGCACAGUAGCCCCGAUCGGCUACUGAAACGUAGUCCCAGUUUUCAAUCAACGCGACGUAAUAGCAUUAGCCCCGUUGGUUCAAGCCGUAGAAGACCGCACAGUCCGAGUCCACCGAGACGAAGAGAUCACAGUCCGCCGCGAAGAAGAGAAUUUAGUCCUACUUCAAUUCUUCACAGAUCUAGGCACAGUCCAAGCCCGGCCACGGUCAGACGACGAGAUUUCAGUCCAAGUCCUAUGAGCCAUAGACGUCGAACGGACGGCGGAGUCAGUUCUCCUAAACGCAGGAGACGAGACGAGCUUGAUCGACGUCAUCGACAUCAUGAUAAGGAGAGGAAAGACAAACGAAAGUCGAGAUCAACUAGAAGUCCCACCAGCAGCAGAUUACAUCUGCCUCUCUCUCGAUCCAGAUCACGUAGUCCUAGAUGGCGAAAGAUGUCUCGCUCAAGAUCACGUUCGCGCAGAAGAAGUCGUACUCCGAAAAAGUCACGUUCACCAAGCAAAUCUCAUAAGUCGUUGAGAAAACACAAAUCGAAGAGUCCACGACCGAGAAUACCUUCUCCUUCGCCUCACAGAUCUCGAGCUAGAAGUCCAUCGUCUAUCAGUGCUCGAAAUCUUCGCGUCCAAGCUAAGAUUAGCGAGACUAGUCUAUUUGCGGAACUUGUAAAGGAUCGAAACAUGAGAGAGUUGGCUUUUAGAAAAUUGCAAGCUGCGAAGGAGAAGGCCGUAAAUCAGGAUGAUGUGCAAAUCAUCGAAGGUACCGACGAGAAAGACGGCGGUACUAAUAUGUCCUCCGAAAGUAAAGCUUCCACUGACAAUAAGGACAAAAUUGUAAAUAACAAAGAACAACCUUUAAAAAUUGGCGAGAACGCUACGAAAACUGUCGACGUUAUCGACAUUCCUGUUCCAACGAGCGAUGACUCUCUGGCGGGUAAAACGCCGCCAUUGCCACCAUCCAAUCAACCGGUCGUUGCACCGCCACCUGCGCCAAUAAAUCCGCCAUCCGCAACAACAAAUAUUUCGAUUCAUCACACAAAUAUUUCUUCGCCCAAUCCACCAUCGAUAUUACCCAAUAAUUAUCCGAUUGCUAUGACGCACAGUCCCAAUUUCCCGACUUCUGCUCCCAACAUACCACCGCCGCCGCCGCCGCCGCCGCUACCACCUUUACCGCAAACUGCCGAGCCCACUGUUCCUAUUGCGCCAACGAUUUUGCCGCAAGUGACUGCAUCUGUACCCAUGUCGGCACCUCCACCGAUGCUAUCUACACCAAUUUUACCUAAUAUACCAACUCUACCUCCAUCCCUACCUCCACCAAUUCCUGUCCCAGCACCAAACACAAUCAUGUCCAAGUUCAAUCCACCCAACAAUCUCGUGCCGCUCAAAUCGAUAGAUCCUCCCAAACCUCCUAUAGUAACUUUCACAACCAAGAGUCUCAAGAAAUUACCAUUGCCACCCGGCAUUAAUCAGAAUGACUUGGAAAGCAUUGAUUCUCCUCCAAGUAGGUCUCCGAGUCCUCCCAGCAAAAACUUAAAACUUCCGGCAUCGACGGCAAAACCGCCGCAAAAGAAGAGUAUCAAAGAUCUGCCAAUGCCACCAGUCGUACCUGGAUCAGAAGAUUUAAGUGGCGAAGACGAUUCGAACGCGACACCACCACGUUCGAAGGUCGAACGGGUACCGCCGAAACCCAAAUUAAAGAGACCAAAAAUACUAAAGCGCAGAGGAUCGCGAAGUCGCACUCCUAUGUCAGCUUCCGGUGGCAAAGACUGGGGCGAACGAUGUGUCGAUGUGUUCGAAUUUAUAACGCAGAUCGGUGAAGGUACUUACGGACAGGUAUAUAAAGCUCGGGAUAAACGGGCAAACGUAUUGGUGGCAUUGAAGAAAGUUCGUCUUGAAAACGAGAAAGAGGGCUUUCCUAUCACAGCAGUCAGGGAAAUAAAGAUCUUGCGGCAGCUUAAUCAUAAAAACAUCGUUAAUCUUCGAGAAAUCGUCACCGACAAACAGGAUGCACUGGAUUUCCGGAAGGAUAAAGGUUCCUUUUAUUUGGUCUUCGAAUAUAUGGAUCACGACUUGAUGGGCCUAUUGGAGUCCGGAAUGGUGGAUUUCAAUGAAAUGAAUAAUGCCAGUAUCAUGAAACAGUUGUUGAACGGUUUGAAUUAUUGUCACAGCAAAAAUUUCUUACAUCGGGACAUCAAGUGUUCAAAUAUAUUGAUGAACAACAAAGGUGAAGUUAAACUGGCUGAUUUUGGACUGGCACGACUUUACAACGCGGAAGACAGACAGAGACCGUAUACCAAUAAAGUAAUUACUUUGUGGUACAGACCGCCUGAACUUUUGCUAGGUGAAGAGCGUUAUGGGCCUGCGAUUGACGUGUGGAGUUGUGGCUGUAUCUUGGGAGAGUUGUUUUGGAAGAAACCUUUGUUCCAGGUAAAGGCCAAUGUAGAUAUAUUGCAGCUGGAGGCAAUUUCGAGGAUUUGCGGGACACCUACUCCUGCUGUCUGGCCUAAUGUGAUAAAAUUACCGCAUUGGCAUACACUUAAACCCAAAAAGCAGUACAGAAGACGUUUGAGGGAAGAGUUCGCGUUUAUGCCAGGAGCGGCUUUGGAUCUUCUGGAUAAAAUGUUAGAACUAGAUCCCGAGAAACGGAUAACAGCAGAAGAUGCACUUCAGAGUACUUGGCUGAAAAAUGUCCAACCUGAACAGAUGCCGGCGCCGCAGCUUCCGACGUGGCAAGAUUGUCAUGAACUCUGGAGUAAAAAACGGAAAAAACUAUUAAGGGAACAGCAAGACACCGCUGCAGUAAGAUUGCCUCUUCUUGGAGGUUUCGUUCACAGUCGUUCGAACACGACGACGACGCAGUACAGCGGAAAAUAGAAGCACGAAACAUCGUUGGUUUCACUCUGCAGAAAUUGUUAAUAUAUAAGCGAUACGACAAUAUAUCACUUAACUCUCUAGCUGUAAUAUACAACUGUUUUAUUAAGACGCUUGAAGAGAGUGACGUGAAAAGAUGAAAUACAGUUACACUUCACUGUUCUAUAAUAAUCAUUAUAAAAAGAUGUACAUAAUGACAUAUUUAACAUCAAGAAGCCUCAAUUGAUCAGCAGAGUCAAUUGAUUCAAAAUUUACUUUUGAUACAGACGUUUCACAAUUUCAACUAUAGACGUGUACAAUUCUUAUAGCUAAAGGGUUAAUUGUUUGUCCAUUUCCUCUCCAUUAUCCACACUCGAAAUAUUUACAAAUAAUUACAGCAAAAUGAUUGUUCUGACUACAUCAUGUUAGUUCUUCACGCGAAUCUGAUGAUCGUCAUGUGUGCUUUGUAGCGCACCAUCAAACGGCAAAAGAAGAUAUUCUCUUUUUGGUCAUCUAUUUAGGUUUAAGAGCGAUUGUAAAACUUCAGUACGUCAGUUUAUUAAAAUAAACUAAGAACAUAUUGUACACAUAUCCGUCACUGUUUGUCAUGAAACAGAAAAACGUACAUGUAUAAUAUAUUUACAUUUACAUAAUGCAAUAAGCAUUAUAUGAUGAACGCGCGCACAUAUUAAUAUCGAAGACAAGAAUAUCUAGUAGAAUGUUUCAAUUGUGCGCGGUGCAUAUAAAUAUAAAAGAAAAUUUAACAUUAUUAUUUUGUAGAUGUACGAUUCUACAAAAUCAAUAUAAAUAUUUGUAUUUAUACCGCUGUUGUAAAUCAUAAGCGAAAUACAAUUAAAACAGCGAUUUUAUUAUAAAUAAAUGUAGAAGUCACGUUAGCAAACGAUGACUGCUCACUAUUUUUUACAAGAAAAUGUCUAUAUAAAUAGACAAGAAAAAUGUAUACAGAAAAUAAUUAUUGAAAUGUAAAAUGUUUCUGUCAUGUAAAUAGAUAGGUAGAAUAUACAUAAAAAAAUAUUUCUGAAAAAAAAAAAAAAA